AAUGGUUAUGAUAUAUUGUCCAAAUUAUUGUACCCAAUUUGCAUCUCCCUUUCUUAGCCAAACGAAAAUACAACAAGGAAGUAACAAAAUCCGAUCUGGCCUCGCUCCUAAGCUAGCCUUUUUGAAAUUUAAAAUUUCCCAAUUCUGUUAAUUAGGCUAUUAUCCCAGCAAAUCAAUUUAGUUCUCUCCAUUAUAUAUUGUACUAUUUAUAAUUCAUGGCUCCAUGCAUGGUUUAAGCAAAUGAUCCUUAAUCCCAUCAGAAUCGUCAUAUUGUCGAUUGCCUAAAUUCAUUAAGUGAUUUCAUAUAUUAGAUUUGGAUUGGUGGUUAGGUUGCAUUUUCUAAGAUGACUAUGCAAUCAACCCCAGGAAGCUCAGGGUACCUGGAUUUGUAUCCUGAUAGGAAGAUGUCAUUUUUCAAGAAUCCUUAUAUUCUCGGACUCACCGCCGUUGCUGGCAUUGGUGGCAUGCUCUUUGGCUACGACACAGGUACCAAUUUCAGUUCUAACUUAAAAGAUGAUUUUGAGGAAGUUAGGAAUAGCAAUUUUCUGCAGGAGACAAUAGUGAGCAUGGCCAUUGCCGGAGCCAUUCUUGGAGCGGCGGCGGGAGGUUGGAUCAACGACGCAUACGGGAGGAAGAAGGCCACGCUCAUUGCUGACGUCAUAUUCGGGUCGGGUGCCAUCGGGAUGGCAGCCGCCCCCAAUCACUACGUUCUGAUAUUGGGGCGGUUUCUUGUUGGCUUGGGAGUGGGCGUGGCCUCUGUCACGGCCCCCGUCUACAUCGCGGAGGCAUCCCCCUCCGAAAUCAGGGGCUCUUUGGUCAGCACCAACGUCCUCAUGAUUACCGGUGGCCAGUUUCUUUCCUACAUCGUCAACCUUGCUUUUACCAGGGUUCCCGGCACGUGGCGGUGGAUGCUUGGCGUUUCUGCUGUCCCUGCACUUGUUCAGUUCACCCUCAUGCUCUUUCUACCUGAAUCCCCUAGAUGGCUCUUCACCAAGAAUAGGAAAAACGAAGCUGUUGAUGUUCUUUCCAAGAUCUACGACUUUGCUCGCCUAGAAGAUGAAGUUGACUUCCUUACUGCUCAGUCAGAGCAAGAGCGCCAGAGGAGGAAGAAUAUCAGAUUCACUGAUGUCUUCAAAUCAAAGGAAAUCAAACUCGCCUUCCUUGUCGGAGCUGGACUCCAGGCUUUCCAGCAAUUUACGGGCAUCAACACAGUGAUGUACUACAGCCCAACGAUCGUACAAAUGGCAGGAUUCGAGUCGAAUGAGUUGGCUCUAACGAUCUCACUGCUUGUUGCGGGCAUGAAUGCGGCAGGCACCAUUCUCGGCAUAUAUCUGAUUGACCACGCCGGAAGGAAGAUACUGGCACUCUCCAGCUUAGGAGGAGUCUUCACCUCCCUCCUCAUCCUGGCCUUCGCCUUCACGAACCAAUCAUCCGACAACCAGUUGUACGGAUGGCUCGCAGUCUUGGGCUUAACCCUCUACAUCGCCUUCUUUUCGCCCGGGAUGGGGCCCGUCCCGUGGACCGUGAACUCAGAGAUAUACCCGGAAGAAUACAGAGGCAUUUGUGGGGGAAUGUCCGCCACCGUCUGCUGGGUUUCAAACUUGAUAGUUUCUCAGAGCUUUCUCUCCAUCGCUGAAGUCUUGGGAACUGGUCCCACCUUCUUGAUCCUUGCAGGUAUAUGCGUGCUUGCCUUUGUGUUUGUGGCUACGUGUGUUCCCGAGACUAAAGGGUUGACUUUUGACGAAGUGGAAGUCAUAUGGAAGGAGAGAGCUUGGGGCAAGAAUCAAGAUACAAGAAACCUUCUUAGUAGUACUUAGUACUUAAUUUCAUCAUGUACUAAUGCAACCGGGUGUAUCUUAUUAUAUAUCUUCACUAUUACUGUAUUUAC